AUGAGACCAGACGGUGGCCCUUCCCCUUCCAAUUCGAACGGUUUUACGUCCGUCUCGAACGGUGCCUCAAGCUCCCUUCAAAAGCCGCCCCUUCCAAAUUCCCCUGCUGGAAAACAGUCGCAAGCCGAAUAUCAGGAUGCCACCAUGUCGAACGGAUCAUCUCCCCUAUCCCCUACAUACCGCGGCCACGACCGGGAGGAAGUUACGAGGAUACUGAUACAGAGUCUAUACGAGCUGGGUUACCACCAGGCUGCUUCUACCUUGACAGCUGAGAGCAAGUAUGAGCUUGAGAGUCCCGGUGUAGCUGCUUUUAGGACUGCCAUAUUGGGCGGAGACUGGAAUGAGGCCGAGAGGAUACUCCUGAGCUCCUUUUGCCCCGAUGGGGAUGCUGGAGAACUAGACGGCGUAACUGGUAAACAGCUUGCCAAACGAGAUGGCCUUGUCCUGGCCAGUGGUGCCAACGAAAACGAGAUGUUGUUCUGCAUAAGGCAACAGAAGUUCCUCGAGCUGCUCGAUCGACGGGACCUGACAACGGCUUUGGUUGUCCUACGCCAGGAACUCACACCAUUGAACCAUGAUAUCACACAACUCCACGCUCUUUCGAGUAUUCCUGAGCUAAUAUCUAUCUCGCUAUCACUGAUAUUAACCUUAUGCCCAGGGUCUAUCUCUCCUUCCGUCAUGAUACCAGAUCACCGAUUAGCAGUCCUGCUUGACCAAGUAAAGCAAACCCAAAUAAAUAACUGUCUAUAUCACAACACCGCAGUGUCUCCUUCCUUGUAUUCGGAUCACUUGUGUGAUAAAAGCGGUUUCCCACUCCGGACGGCGUUCGAGCUCAGUCACCACACCAAUGAGGUUUGGUACCUGGAAUUCUCCCACGAUGGAACCAAACUUGCCACAACAAGCCGCGACUGCACGGUUUUGAUAUAUGACUCUACAACCUUUGAAAUAAUACAUCGGUUGACGGAGCACAGUGAGCCCGUUGCUUACGCUACAUGGAGCCCAGACGAUACCAAGUUAAUCACUUGUUCUCAAGACUUCAAGGCUAAAUUGUGGGAUGUUCCGAGUGGAACUUGUCUUUUGACAAUUGAACAUCACCAUGCACCAAUCACAUCCGCAUCAUGGGCUCCAGAUGGAGAGUCCUUCGUCACAGGUUCUCUCGAUAGCCAGUCUCAGCUCUGCCAUUGGAGUGUCCCCCAUAAAUCCCUACUAUAUACCUGGCCUGGUCAAUACCGGGUCCGCGACUGUGCUAUAACUCCGGAUGGCAAACGACUGAUUGCCAUCUCUCUGCAAAAGAGAAUUUAUGUUUACAACUUUAUAACCCGCGAGGAAGAGUACAGCGUUCUCCUCAAACUGGAUCUCACUUGUCUGAGUGUUAGCGCUGACUCGCGGUUUAUGCUCGUUAACAUGUCUGAAAACGAAGUGCAGCUCCUUGAUAUCGAGACAGCAGAGGUGGCUCGACGAUUUUUGGGUCAGAAGCAAGGCAAUUUCCUUAUUCGAAGCGCUUUUGGCGGAGCUGCUGAGAAUUUUGUUGUCAGUGGCAGUGAAGAUGCGAAAAUCUACAUCUGGCAUAAGGAGAACAGUCGACUUGUUGAGUCCCUGGAAGGCCAUGUUUCUGGCUGCGUCAAUGCAGUCGCCUGGAAUCCAACUGAUCCUGGAAUGUUUGCGUCGGCUGGAGAUGAUCGCAAAGUCAGAGUGUAA